UUUAACAGGGGAAGAAAAAGGAAAGAUUCAAAUUCAAACUUGCCAUUCGGCUCCGGCGAGAGCUUUUUCCCUCCACAUCCCACCAGAUCUCUCUCAGUCUCUCAGACCCAAACCCUGCUCGGCGAAAUGGCGGCGAGCGGCAGCAAUCAGCUCUCCACGCCGUCCAAGACUCCUCACUCCAGAAAACACCAUCUCCACCACCACAGCUCCUCCUCUUCGUCGUCUAGAUUCGAAGCAUACAACCGCUUGCAAGCAGCAGCGGUAGCAUUCGGCGAGAAACUCCCCAUCCCGGAGAUCGUAGCCAUCGGCGGCCAAUCUGACGGCAAGAGCUCCCUUCUGGAAGCGCUCCUCGGUUUCCGCUUCAAUGUCCGCGAGGUGGAGAUGGGUACACGCAGACCACUUAUUCUCCAGAUGGUCCAUGACCCUACCGCCCUAGAGCCCCGCUGCCGUUUUCAGGAAGAGGAUUCCGAGGAAUAUGGCAGUCCUGUUCUUUCUGGACCUGCAAUUGCGGAUGUUAUAAAGUUGCGGACGGAGGCACUUUUGAAGAUCACAAAAGCUGCGGUUUCUGCUAAGCCACUUGUGAUGAGGGCUGAGUAUGCGCAUUGCCCCAAUCUCACCAUCAUAGAUACCCCUGGCUUUGUCCUUAAGGCAAAGAAAGGAGAACCAGAGAACACACCAGAUGAAAUCCUUUCCAUGGUCAAGUCAUUGGCGAGCCCUCCACAUCGGAUCCUCCUGUUCCUUCAACAGAGUAGUGUUGAGUGGUGUUCAUCAUUGUGGUUGGAUGCAAUUCGCGAAAUCGAUCCCACUUUCAGAAGAACCGUGAUUGUUGUUUCCAAAUUCGACAAUCGUCUCAAGGAGUUCACUGAUCGUUGGGAAGUAGAUCGCUACUUGAGUGCAAGUGGGUACCUUGGAGAGAAUUGUCGCCCAUAUUUUGUUGCCCUCCCGAAGGACAGAAGUACCGUCUCUAAUGAUGAGUUCCGCAGGCAAAUAUCUCAUGUAGACUCUGAAAUCCUGGGUCAUUUGCGUGAUGGUGUCAAUGGAGGAUUCGAUGAAGAGAAGUUUGGGACACAUAUUGGCUUCAGUAGCCUGAGGGACUUUUUGGAGUCAGAACUUCAAAAGAGAUACAAAGAUGCAGCACCAGCUACUCUAGCUUUGCUUGAGCAGCGCUGCAGUGAAGUUGGCAUAGAGCUGGCUAGGAUGGACUCCAAAAUUGAAGCUACAUCUGAUGUUGCUCAUCUUCGCAGAUCUGCUAUGUUGUAUGCAGCUUCUCUUAGUAAUCAUUUGAGAUCACUGAUUGAUGGAGCAGCAGAUCCUGCCCCGGAGCAGUGGGGCAAGACAACGCAAGAAGAACAAUCAGAGAGUGGUCUGGGUAGUUGGCCCGGUGUAGCAGUGAAUAUAAGACCUCCUAAUGCCUCUCUAAAGCUUUAUGGAGGAGCAGCUUUUGAGAGAGUGAUGCAUGAAUUCAGGUGUGCCGCAUAUUCCAUUGAAUGCCCUCCAGUCUCUAGGGAAAAGGUAGCCAACAUAUUAUUAGCUCAUGCUGGCCGUGGUGGUAACAAAGGUGUAGUAGAAGCUUCAGCCGAAAUAGCUCGUUCUGCUGCUCGCUCAUGGCUCGCUCCCCUUCUUGACACAGCAUGCGAUCGUCUGGCUUUUGUUUUGGGGAAUCUCUUUGAUAUUGCCCUGGAAAGAAACCAUUUUCGUGAACUAGAGUAUGGGAAGAGAAAUGGAAACAUGGAAGGCUAUGUCGGUUUUCAUGCUGCACUGAGGCGAGCUUACAACCAAUUCAUAAGGAACCUUACUCAGCAGAGCAAGCAAUUGAUCAGACAUCACCUUGAUUCAGUUACAAGCCCAUAUUCAGAAGUCUGUUAUGAGACUGACUUCCACGGAGGCUUUGGUUCAAGUUCCUUGAAAUUCGGCCAAGCCUCUACUAGCGUUCCAUUUUGCUUGGAACUAUCAAACGGUGGGGGCUUGUGCCGCAACAAUGAAGAGAAAAGGGACCAAGAGAACAUCCCUCCAGAAAAGAGUAAUGCACAAGAAACCACCCCAGGGAAAGGCGGCGGCGAAACAAGAGAAGGUCUGAAAGAAAGCCAAAUGACUGUGCCUGAGACGCCCUCUCCUGAUAUGCCAUGUGAGGUUGUGAAGAAGGAACAUGGUAACUAUGUCGAGCUUGGACCCAGAAAGCGGAUUUCAAGAUUGAACGGAAAUGGCAGAAACCAUGAGCUCGUGAGACUUCAAAAUGGCGACAGCCGACUUCUGGUCUUCGGAAAUAAUGGGGAUACGGGCACGAGGGCAGGCAGCUCGGCGUACUCGGACAUUUGCUCCUACGCUGCCCAGCAUUUUGCACGAAUGCGUGAAGUUCUGCUUGAAAGGAGCGUGACAUCGACUUUGAACUCCGGCUUUUUGACUCCCUGCCGAGACGAGCUGGUAGUGACGCUUGGACUGGAGUUGUUUGCUGCAACAGACGACAAGUUCAUGGAGAUGUUCGUGGCGCCUGGUGCCAUUGACGUGCUGACGAACGAACGGCAGUCGCUUCAGAAGAGACAGAAGACACUCCAAUCUUGUUUGACUGAGUUCAAGACCAUAUCCCAGACACUGUGAUUGGGAACUUGAGCAAAAAAGGGCACACUUGGCUGGAAGGUGUUGUGGCUGGCGGUCAGAUUCUGGUCAGUUGUUGCUGCCGUGGUUAUCUCAUCCACACAAGAGGCAGAGUCACCGUUCUCCUUGCUGUCUGUAAUCACUCUCUCUGUAUGUCAAACCUUAAAAAACCCAAGACUGAUUGUAUUACUUUCAUUGGGAAAAAGGUGGCCGAGCUCGUGCUUUUGCCCUGUUCAAGGUUGUCAACUCGGUUUAGCACGUUGGUCCGGUUGAAUAAGUGGGUUAAGGGUUA